GGCACACUUGGAGGUCCUUUCGCUUGAGCUUGUACUAGCUGCUCAUGGAAGGCGGCGCACUUUCCGAUUGGCGGAACAAAAGGAUUGCUGUGGUGACGGGCGGGAACAAAGGGAUCGGGCUUGAGGUGUGCCGGCAGCUGGCCGGCAACGGCGUCGCCGUCGUCUUAACAGCCAGGGACGAGACGAGGGGCGCAGCCGCCGUCGAGAAGCUCAGAGAAGCAGGGCAUUCCGAUGUCAUCUUCCACCAGCUGGAGGUCACCGAUGCUCUCAGCAUCGCUCGGUUGGCUGACUUCUUGAAGGCCAGUUUUGGGAAGCUAGACAUCCUGGUGAAUAACGCCGCCGUUGGUGGUGCUGAGUACGUCCAAGAUCUUGUUUAUCCUUCAACCGGCGAGGAUCCGUUUGCUGGCAUGGAUGAAGGCCAGAUGUCAGAAUGGAUGCGGCGAAACACCCGGGAGACUCACAACUCUGCGAAGGAGACACUGCAGACGAAUUACUACGGCACCAAGCAAGGGACCGAAGCCUUACUUCCCCUGCUGCAAGCCUCCGCCGAUGGCAGAAUUGUCAACGUCUCCUCCGUGAUCGGCCAGCUGAGGUACUUCGUCAGCGAGGAGCUCAAGCAUGAGCUGAACGACGUCGACACGCUCACCGAGGAGAGGCUGGACGAGGUGCUGGACGCGUUCAUGAAGGACUUCACGGCCGGCGCGGCGGAGGCGAACGGGUGGCCGGUGGCCUUCUCGGCGUACAAGGUGGCCAAGGCGGCCGUGAACGCCUACACGCGGAUCCUGGCGAGGAGGCACCUCGAUCUGCGCGUCAACUGCGCGCACCCAGGCUUCGUGAAGACAGACAUGAACAAGCUCGCCGGCCUCCUGACGCCAGAGGAAGGCGCGAGGAACGUGGUGAAGGUGGCGCUGCUCCCCGCCGGCGGGCCGACUGGCAAGUACUUCGCCGUCGGCCAUGAGGCGCCAUUUGUGUGAGUGUGAUACGGGCCGGGCACGGGGCCAUGGCCAACACUAUCCUAUAUGAUGCAUGUACUAGCUCCGUGCAACAUGAUUUGAGGUUGAGGUUCCCAAUAAUACUUGACUCGCUAGCUAGUGUGAGAUAAUUGCCAAUAAAUAAAAGAGCCGCCGGCUUUGCAUAAUUCAAUUAGUGAGGUACAUGUGGUAUUUAUGGUUGGACUGUCGUUCCAUAAUUCUAUAUCUAUAUCUAUAUCUAUACCUAUUAUUAAAGCAAGCAGUGUCUCUGCCAAUUUUUUUCGUCUGUUCCUGAUCCGACGUCCGCCUGUCCUCCAUCUCUUGCCAGCCCGUCGAAUCACGUCGUUCUCCUAAUCCGCUUCGCCUCCGGAGACCAGGAUUGGCGACACCGUUUCCUUUCUCUGGCGUGCCACGUGCGCGCGGUGGGCUCCUGGGCUGCCGUGCCCCUGCAAGAAUAUAGAAGCCCUCGGCCUCAACGCUCGUC